GGCCGACGGCCGAGUAGGGGGGUCGCGGUUCACAACGAAUCUGUUCAUAUAAUACACCGCGAGCCGAUCGUCGGCUACACUCUGUGUUCGGUGCUAGAUCGGUCGACAGUGCGGCAGUGUCGCUGCGUAGAACUUGUAUAUAACUUCCUUUUUUACUCGAAAUAUAAACCAAGAAAGCAAACAUGUGCGACGAGGAAGUUGCCGCGCUCGUAGUCGACAAUGGAUCCGGUAUGUGCAAGGCCGGUUUCGCCGGAGACGACGCUCCCCGCGCCGUCUUCCCAUCGAUCGUUGGUAGGCCGCGCCACCAGGGUGUCAUGGUCGGCAUGGGGCAGAAGGACUCUUACGUCGGUGACGAGGCCCAGUCGAAGAGAGGUAUCCUGACGUUGAAAUACCCGAUCGAGCAUGGUAUCGUUACCAACUGGGACGACAUGGAGAAAAUUUGGCAUCACACGUUUUACAAUGAGCUGCGAGUGGCUCCCGAGGAACACCCGGUCCUCCUCACCGAGGCCCCCUUGAAUCCCAAGGCUAACCGCGAGAAGAUGACGCAGAUCAUGUUCGAGACGUUCAACACGCCUGCCAUGUACGUGGCGAUCCAAGCUGUGCUGUCGCUGUACGCCUCCGGACGUACUACCGGUAUCGUGCUCGAUUCCGGCGACGGUGUUUCGCACACUGUGCCGAUCUAUGAGGGAUACGCCCUGCCGCAUGCUAUUCUCCGUUUGGACUUGGCCGGUCGCGAUCUGACCGACUAUCUCAUGAAGAUCCUCACCGAGAGAGGAUACUCCUUCACGACUACGGCCGAGCGUGAGAUCGUCCGUGACAUCAAGGAGAAGCUCUGCUACGUCGCGUUGGACUUCGAGCAGGAGAUGGCCACCGCCGCGUCGUCCUCCAGCUUGGAGAAGAGCUAUGAGCUGCCCGACGGCCAAGUCAUCACUAUCGGCAACGAGCGAUUCCGUUGCCCGGAGGCUCUCUUCCAGCCCUCGUUCUUGGGCAUGGAAGCUUGCGGUAUCCAUGAGACCACGUAUAACUCGAUCAUGAAGUGCGACGUCGACAUCCGUAAGGAUCUCUACGCCAACACCGUCUUGUCCGGUGGCACCACCAUGUAUCCAGGUAUCGCCGACAGGAUGCAGAAGGAGAUCACUGCCUUAGCGCCGUCUACCAUGAAGAUCAAGAUCAUCGCGCCGCCCGAGAGGAAAUACUCCGUAUGGAUCGGCGGCUCAAUCCUCGCCUCGCUCUCCACCUUCCAACAGAUGUGGAUCUCCAAGCAGGAGUAUGACGAGUCCGGGCCUUCCAUCGUCCACAGGAAGUGCUUCUAAGCGCGUUCCCGAAUCGCGUUUAUCAUUCCCCAAUCCCUGAGAUUUGGAGGAAGAGAGAGAGAGAGAGAAAAGAGAGAGAGAGAGAGAGAGAGAAAGCGGCUUCUGUCUCGUUUCGCAGGCGGACGUAACAUCAACUUCCGCGACGAUUGCCCUCUGGUUCCUCCGGGGUGCAGGUAGCUUCUUUCGAUUCAAAUGUACGUGUUUAAGAUACGCGAGACUGACGUGCCCGAUUAAACGAGGAGAGAGGAGCUUACGGUAUAUCGCCUCCUCCCGCGAUUGUUCCUCGGUCUCGGCGGCAACCCAAUAAACCGGCGGUUCAUUCUUGCUCGUUUAAACGCGAUUAUUUUUCUUCUGUAACUUUCGUCAUCAAUUCGAUUCUGAUGAUUUCUUUCGUUAUUAUGAUUACUAUAAUUACAUGUGCCCCUCUCACACACACGUAAGGUUCGUCUAAGUAACUUUUCUACCCCCGAUCCUGUAACGGGUCCUUUCCGAGUAUUAUAUAUACCUAUAUAUAUAUAAAUAUUCGAGUAAAAACUUGUCUACGAGGUUUAGCGCUUAGCGAAGAUAUUUCUCGCGAAAUAUUCAUCCUCUCAAAGCGAGCAUCAAUACACAUUGUCGGUGUAUACCCAGCGCUCCGAUUGCCAUUAUUCUACUUCGGAGAGAGAAUGAGAGAGAGGAAGGGUGGGAGGGAGAGAGAACUCGAGCAAGAAACGUUCGCGUAGACGAUGAAUUCCGGGGUUUCUGUCGCGGGCAAGAUCGUCGUAUAAGCUUCUUGCCGCGGAAAGAGACGAUGGAGUCCAAACAUAUGGCAAUCAACAUUUAUGCCGUUCAAUGCAUUCCGAUCAAUGUGUGCGAUAUUUUUAAGAAGACGCUCGCGUCAAAGCUGUCUUUCGAACUUUACACGUCAUUCCGCGCAGAGAGAUAGGCCUCUGACUUAUUACUUGUUUAUUUGUCGCAUCACCGUUUCGCCUAUCGCUGUAGGAAGAGAUGGCCUUUUUUGUCUUCUUUCUUUCUUCUGUGUUUUCCUUUUUUUAUUCUUCUUUUUUACACGAUGGGGUAAACCGCUGAUCCGGAAAAAGGUCCUACGAACGCUCGCUCAAACUAAAAAGAAGCAAAACGAAAGACACCACGGUUCCGACCCCGCAAGCGUAGCCAAAGUAUUAUAAUUUAUUCCCAUUGUAUUGCGCAAGACCAUUCACGUACACAUCUUAAAGACUACUUUAGACUUAUGGGAUUAUAAAAUAAAAGUCUGAAAAAAAAAUAUCGCUUAUCGUCUUGUGUCAGUGUGUUGUGUCUCUUAAAAUCGUCAUCAUCGUCCGCAUCCUCUCAUCGCUCUCCAUACCAUUCCAUCUCGUAUAACCCUAUGUACUCUUCUCGUCCCCUCACGAGCCCAGACACGCGGCUGGAUUGUAUAACCGUUCUCACGUGUCCUCGUUUAGUGUGUGUCAGUUCACGGACUCCCUUUUUAUACGUAAAUGUAGCUCCUGUAACGUCCGACGACAUUGAUCACCAAUUACGCGUUUAAAACGGACACUAUUACUCUAAGAUUUAAGUUUAUAUGUCUCUUUUGAGUAUACAAAAUAAAAGUUAUUUUCAAUCAA